CAAAAAUAAAUUGCUUUAAAAUGAGUCAAUAAAAUAAUAUAAUACUUUUAGGAAAGUUUGAAUAUAGAUGCUUAGCAACCAAUCCCUCUGGAUAAAGUAAUUUAGAUUCCUUAGAUUAAAGUAAUGAUGAUUCUGAAAAUUAAAGUCAUAUAGAAAAUAUCAACAUUGAUGGACAAGAGGAGAAUUUAAUUUACUUUUCAUAAAUAUCAGAUUAUUCUUUAGAAGAAGAUCGCUAUUAUGUUGGUCAAGUACAACUGUCACCGAAUUAGCAAUAUAUUGCAUUUGAAAUAAAAAAAUCUGAUAGUAACUCUGAAAUGUAUUUUCACUUGAUUUUCAAUAUUUAAACUUAAAAAUUAUUGUAUAAAGAUGAGUAAUAUUAUUCAAAAUUUAUGUUUACAUCAGAUUCUAAAUACAUUAUCUAUUGCUAAGCCUAUAAAAUUUAUUUGAUGGAAUUAGAAUCAAUAUAGAAUAAAUUGUUGAUCGAAGAAAAUUUUGCCUAAUUACUUACUGUAGAUUCAAAUAAUAAUAUUUACAUUCAAAAAAAUAAUUACUUAUAUCUUUAUUCUAUUGAAAAUAAACUUACAUCUUCAUUUAUUCUAAAUGAAUCUCUUAAGAGUCAAUUUAUUCGUUAAGCUUAUAAAUUGCAUUCAGACUUCAUCUUUUUAGUUUCGCAAGAUUCUAACUAUAUUAUCAAUUAUUCUUGUAACAAAAUUUUAUCAAAGCAAAGAAGUUUAGAAGGUCAAUGUUAAAAUGUGAUUUUUCAAAAUUAAUUUCUUAUAGAAUGGGAUCUUGAAAUUGAUUAAAUCAAUUUAAGUAAUUUAAAAAAUCGAAAAUUGAUUAGAAAAUUCAAGAAUAACCAGGAAGGAUCAAGCUCAAUAUUCAAAAAUCAAAAUUCAAUAUAUAAAUAUUUUUUCUUUCGUGAUUCAGAAAAUAGUCACAUUGAUCAAAGUUACAUAAGAAUAAAUUUAUUAACUAAUGGCAAAAUCACAUCUAGACUUAGCUUAGGGAAAUAUAAGUAUCUUAUCUAUGAGAGAAUUAUAAUGACAGAUUACCUAUUAAUUAUAAUUGAUUCAUUUAAGUUCAGAUUUUUUUAGUAUGAUUUGUAAUAGAUCGGUCAAAUAUGA